AUGGCGACGAGGAUUUCGAAUAGCCGGGCUUUGGCCUCCGCCAUCAGAUCUACAAAGAACUCAUUAAGCCAACCUAAGAAGCUCAAUAUUCGACAAUUUGCCUCCACACAACAUGCCCGAGUUGUCGUCUCCUCCGAUACUCCAAACAUGCGUCAUGCUCAGAGAGCCCCCGAUACCCCAGGAGGACUCCGUGCUCCCCCUAUCAAUCCUGCAGACAAAUACGCAGCAAAAGCGGACGAUAUGCACAGAUACGGAUCAUGGCUCAUGGCGUGCCUUCCAAAAUACGUUCAGCAAUUCUCAGUAUGGAAGGACGAGCUUGUUAUAUACAUUCCCCCAUCUGGAGUAAUUCCUGUAAUUUCAUUCCUCAAAUAUAACACCGCCGCCGAGUUCACUCAAGUAUCAGACAUCACCGCUGUCGAUUAUCCCACCCGCGACCAACGAUUCGAAGUAGUCUACAAUCUCCUCUCCGUACGCCAUAAUUCCCGCAUCCGCGUUAAGACCUACGCCGAUGAAGCCUCCCCCGUCCCCAGUAUCACCAGUCUCUACGACGGUGCCAACUGGUACGAGCGCGAAGUCUACGAUCUCUUUGGAGUUUUCUUCGUUGGUCACCCGGAUCUCCGUCGCAUUAUGACCGAUUAUGGAUUCGACGGUCAUCCAUUACGGAAGGAUUUCCCAUUGACGGGAUACACGGAAAUAAGAUAUGAUGAAGAGAAGAAACGUAUUGUGACUGAGCCAUUGGAGUUGACUCAAGCGUUUAGAAACUUUGAGGGCGGAACCGCUGCUUGGGAGCAAGUCGGACCUGGUGUGGAUAGAAAACCUACCACAUUCAAACUUCCUACUCCGAAGCCGGAGGAAAAGAAAGAGGAGCCAAAGAAGUAG